AAAUUCCGUAAACUUUGAUCAUAAAAUGGGAACGCCUGUAAUUUCUCGCAAACCAGAAUUCGUUCAUAAACAAUGCAGCCAUUGUCGUGCUCAACUUGAAUUUCAAUCACCAAAGUCUAUUACCCCUCCAAUAUCGGUUAUAUGUUAUUCCUGUCAAAAGGUUUCUAAAUUCGAUUUAGAUAUAGAUAUAAAUACGAAUACAAAUGGUAAAAACUCGAGUAAUAAUUCCACUAGUUCAAAAAAAUCUUCAAGACGACAAUUUGGAACAGCGCAAGAACCCCUGGAAACCGAGCUUUAUGAUAUACUUGGAGUUUCUCCAACGGCUUCAAGUAGUGAAAUAAAAAAACAAUAUUAUAAACUUGCACUCCAAUUUCAUCCGGAUAAGAAUAAAUCGCCUGACGCCGAGCAACAAUUCAAAAAAAUAUCAGAUGCUUAUCAAAUCCUAUCAAACCCUGAAUUAAGGCAAAAAUAUAAUGAAUUUGGUGGAGCCGAACCCGAAGGAGGCUUCGUUAAUCCCGAAGAUUUCUUCAGGCAACAGUUUGGUGGUGAUCGUUUUGUAGACAUAAUUGGUGAAAUAUCAAUUGGACGAGAUAUGAAAGAGGUUCUUCAAAAUGCAGCGGCAGAAGAGAUGAAUGGAGAUCUUUCUGAAGAAGGAAAAAUACGUAACAAGCCGAAUAAUGAUGAAGAACGUGAUGAAAUUCGACGACAACGCGUGGAUAAAUUAGUCUCAAAUUUAGUACAAAAACUUUCAGUUUAUGUUGAUUCAAACGACGAAAAGAGAGCCGAACAAUUUAAAAAUAUGAUCGAACUUGAAGCAGAAGAUCUAAAAGCUGAGUCUUACGGUGUCGAAUUAUUGCAUGCAAUUGGAUUUACCUAUUCACUUAAAGCAAAACAGUAUUUAGGCGGAGAGCAAAUUUUUGGGUUACCUAGAUUUGGGCAUAUAUUAAGAGAGAAAGGUCAUGUAUUCUCAGAAACUAUUUCAACAUUGCGAUCCGCUAUCGAUCUUCAGAAUUCUUUUAAAGAAUUGCAAAAGGCUGAACAAGAGGGAUUGGAAGGCGACGAAAAGAGUAAAUUGGAGGAAGCAACUGCAAGCAAAGGUUUAACUGCUUUAUGGAAAGGUUCUAAACUCGAAGUUGAGGGAGUUUUGAGAGAAGUGUGUGAUCGUGUAUUAUCAGAUAAUAAAGCGAAUAAAUUGGUUUUACGUAAACGAGCAGAAGCAUUGAAGAUAAUUGGAACAGUUUAUGAAAAUGUUAAAAGCGAUUCUACUGUUUAUAAUACAAAUUAAAAAUUUAUUGAAUAAUUUUCUUUUAUUUUUGACAUUUUUAUUUCCAGUAUUAUUUCAUUUUUAUUUUUAUAUAUAUUGUUAUAGUAUUUAUUUACUCCAAAAAUUUCCACAAAUUUUUUAC